AUUCACUGAAAUUGAAAAUUGAAAAUCACAACAAACAAGCAUGGAAGUCACCGACGUGAAUAUUCGGCUAGCUUGCGACCGGAUUUGUUUGCCUGCUGUCUCAGAAAAUGAAGUUCAAAAACUCUUCACGCCCGGAGAGGACAUUCCGACCUGCGCUGGCUUCAUGAGGGGCCACGGAACCUACACCGAAGGGGAAGACCUGAAGGCGUCCGUAGCCGGCGUGAAGGAGCAGGUGAACAAACUUAUCUCAAUCAAACCGCUGAAAAGCAGGUACAACGGCGAAAUAGGCGACGUGGUGGUUGGCAGGGUUGUGGAGGUGCAGCAGAAAAGGUGGAAGAUCGACACAAACGCGCGUCUUGAGUCCGUGCUGCUGCUCUCGUCUGUCAAUUUACCCGGCGGCGAACUGAGAAGACGCUCCUCGGAGGACGAGAAAAUGAUGAGAAAGUACCUGCAAGAAGGUGAUCUCAUCAGUGCUGAAGUAAUGAAUGUGUACCAAGAUGGAGCUCUCUCUUUGCACACAAGAAGUUUGAAAUAUGGCAAACUCUCUCAAGGCGUGCUUGUCAAAGUUUUCCCGUCGCUGAUCAUGAGGAGAAAAAACCACUUUCACAGUUUGCCCAACGGAGCUGCUGUCAUUUUGGGCAACAAUGGUUUCGUUUGGAUCUGCCCAGCAAGUGGACUGGAGCAUCAGGAGGAUAGUGGAUCAGCAGGAGGUUUCAUUCAGGACCUAGAAAAAGAAGUGCCAAAAGCUGAUAGAGAAGUCAUUGCUCGACUGAAAAACUGCAUUUUAGCGUUAGCCAAUAGCAAAAUGAUGCUGUACGACACGUCAAUUAUCUAUGCCUAUGAGGAGUCCAUGAAGUUCACAGUCACGGAGUUAUUGCUGCCUGAUGUGAUGGUUGAUGUUGCGAAUUUGACCCAGCACAGACUUCAUUUGGACAUAGCAGAGUAAAAAAUAAAAAAUAUUUUUUGUAAAUUAAA